GAUAGGACGCGAAUAGUGGCAGUAGAAUGGAAAGUUGUAAUAGGACGCGAAGUUGUAGUGGUGAAAGAAGAAUGGAACUGGUAAGGGAAGUGAUACGAAAGGAAGUGCAGGAUUGGGAUUCGGAGGUGAUGAUCAGUGCGAGAUUCAAGGCUUUCAGCGGUCAGAGGUCUGAUUGGGAGCCAAGGUACCACUUCUGGAGGGAUUUGGUAAUCAAAAUUGCUCGACGGCUUCGCAUCUUCAUCAUUCGUCCUUCAGUGGUUAAAAAUGUCUGGUUUAACCAGGGAGGCUUGAGCCCUUUAUGCAUCGACGAUGUAUUGGUUAGCUUCUUUCUACUGGCCUUGCUCGAAAUGUAUAAUGCCGGCGACCUUUCAUGUAGCAACGAUCUUAUCGAUCCAAAAGGCGGCCAACUCACCCAGUUAUUCCAUAAAGUAAGACAUUUGCUCCCUUUAUCUAAAUCAGCAAUUCCUUCAGAAGACGAGUUCAUCGUUUCUUCGCUCUUAGAGGAGAAAUGUAUUGAAGUUGUCAAACUUUUAUGUGACUGUCACUGGACUUCUUCGUGCAUCAUCACAAUGGCAAAAUUCCAGGUGAUUUGUGAAGGGCCAAAAGAAGCAUCUGUGAUCUUGAGUCAUUUUUCCAAAUGUGGGAAGGCAAAGUACCUUGCCAUCAGGCGGCAGGAUCUUAUAGAGCAGCAGAAGACUUAUUAA